GUGAAAUUGUAGAAGGGGCUUGGCAAGCGGACUUGCUACUUACGAGGUGAACCCGGCAGGCUUUUAAAGUCUUUCCUGUGCCACCAGGCGCGCUGCACUACUAUUGACCGACUGCGAGACACAUACAGCUGAGUCAUGUCGGUGGUGGACGAGGCGGCGCUGGCCGCUGUGCGGGCGCACAUGAAGAGCGUGCGCAUUCCGGGCUUUCAUGACAAAGUGUACAAGGACGAGUGCAUGUUCAGCUACGACGACCCGGAGUCGCCGGGGGGCUUGUACGUCAACCUGGCCACACUGCAGGGCUUUGGCGAGUCCUUCCUGCCGCUGGACCACUCCCGCACCGGCGGGGGGCUGUACCUGCACCUGGUCCACCGCCGGGUGCCGCUGCCCAAGGCGGAGGUGGAGGCGGCGCGGCAGGCGGCGCAGGCGGCUGGGCAGCUGCUGCUGAACGCGCCCACCUACCGUCUGGACAAGGCCAUGGCUCUGGUGGUGGUGAACGGCCCGGGCCCCGAGCAGCGCCUGCGCGUGCCGCUGCCCUGCCCCGACCUGCCGGAGAGGGUGCUGCAGGCCAUUGACGCGGUGGUGAAGCAUGAGAGUGUGACCCAGGCCGAGGCGCUGGCUGUGUUUGAGGAGCCGCGCCGCGUGUCCAAGUACGCGGCCGGCCUGGAGCAACUCAACACCGGUCGCAAGAUCAGCCCCAACCCCGCGGACUGGCGCUGUGACGAGACGGGCGUGACGGAGAACCUGUGGCUCAACCUGUCCACCGGCUUCAUCGGCUCAGGCCGCAAGAACUGGGACGGCAGCGGCGGCAACGGCGCGGCGCUGCGCCACUUCGAGGCGGGCGGGCGCAAGUACCCACUGGUGGUGAAGCUGGGGACCAUCACGCCGCACGGGGCGGACGUGUACAGCUACGCGCCGGACGAGGACGACAUGGUGGAGGACCCGGGCCUGGCGCAGCACCUGGCGCACUGGGGCAUCGACAUCAUGCAGAUGGAGAAGACGGAGAAGACCAUGUCGGAGCUUCAGGCCGACCUCAACACCGGCUACGAGUUCAGCCGCAUCACGGAGGCCGGCGCCGCGCUGGUGCCGCUGGCGGGGCCGGGCCACACCGGGCUCAUCAACCUGGGCAACAGCUGCUACAUGAACAGCGUGCUGCAGCUGCUGCUGACCCUACCCGAGGUGGUGGGGCGCUACGGCGGCGGCGCGGCGGCGGCUGGCGGCGGCGGCGGUCUGUUCACCAGCGCGCCGGCCGACCCCUCCAACGACCUGCCCACACAGCUGGCCAAGGUGGCGGUGGCACUGGCCCAGGGCCGCACCGGCCACGUCAAGCCGGCGGAGGCGGAGGCGGCCAUGGAGGUGGACGGAGAGGAGCUGGUGCCGCUGCCUGAUGACGAGCGCGUUACGGCGGUGCGGCCGCUGUCCUUCAAGAGCUGUGUGGGCCGCGGCCACCCCGAGUUCGCCAGCGGCCGCCAGCAGGACGCCGCAGAGUACUUCACACACCUGCUGGAGCUGAUCGCCCGCGCGGAGCACACGCAGGCACAGCGCCUGGGCAUCAGCGGCGGCGGCGCCGACGUCGGCAGCAGUGCUGACCUGGGCUUGCUGCCGCUGCCCACGGCCUUCCGCUUCAACCUGCAGGACCGGGUGCAGUGCGGCGAGAGCGGCGCAGUGAGCUACAAGCGGCAGCCGCACUCGCUGCUGAUGCUGCAGGUGCCCCUGGAGGCCGCCACCAACAGCGAGGCGGUGGCCGAGUACCGCGACCGCCAGGCCAAGAGGCAGAGGCUCAAGGAGCAGUCGGCGCAGGCUUACAUCGGCGCGGCGCCGGAGGGCGCGACCGCGGGCGCCGCGGAGUCGGCUGCGGUGCCGGCUCAGGUGUCCGGCCCCGGCAGCGGCGCGGCGGUGGUGGUGGUGGCGGAGGGCGAGGAGGAGGCGGUGCUGCCGCGUGUGCCCUUCGACGCCUGCCUGCAGCGCUUCAGCGGCGCCGAGGUGGUUGAGGACUACCGCAGUGCGGCCCUGGGCGGCCGCGCCACCACCGCCACCAAGACCACCCGCUUCGCCUCCUUCCCGCCAUACCUCAUCAUGCAGGUCAACAGGUACUUCCAGGAUAAGGACUGGACGCUGAAGAAGAUGGAGGUGCUGGUGGACGUGCCGGACGUGAUCGACCUGGAGCCCCUGAGGGCGCCCGCGGGCCCCGCGCCCGGGGAGGUGCUGCAGCCCGAGCAGCAGCCCGAGCAGCAGCAGCAGCAGCAGCAGCAGCCCGCGGCGGCGGCACAGCCCGCACAGGCGCCGGCGGCGGCGCCGCAGCCCGACCCGGCCCUGGUUGCGGGCCUGGUCGACAUGGGCUUUGGCGAGGCCGCCUGCGCCCGCGCCGCGGCGGCGGUGUCCAACGCCGGGCUGGAGGCGGCCAUGGAGUGGCUGCUGGCGCACCUGGAGGACCCCGACAUCAACGACCCGCUGCCGGCCCCUGGCGCCGCACCGGCCGCCGCCGCCGCACCCGCUGCUGCUGCUGCUGCCGCCGCCGCCGAGGCCGACCCUGAGAAGGUGUCCACCCUGGCCGGCAUGGGCUUCAGCGAGGAGCACGCCAAGGCCGCCCUGCAGGCCUGCAGCGGCUCCCUGGAGCGCGCCGCCGACUGGCUGUUCAACCACAUGGACGACCUGGACACAGCCGUGGCCAAGGUGCUGUCAGAGGCGGCCGGCGCGGCGGCGGCAGCCGCAGCGGCGCCCGCGGCGGUCGGCGCCGCCGGCGGCUCCUCCGGCUCUGCCGGCAGUGCGCCGGUGGUGGACGGGCCCGGGCGCUACGAGCUGGUGGGGUUCAUCAGCCACAUGGGCUCCAACCUGGCGUGUGGGCACUACGUGGCGCACAUCAAGAAGGACGGCAGGUGGGCCAUCUACAACGACGAGAAGGUGGCUGUGUCGGAGCACCCGCCAAGGGACCUGGGCUACCUCUACCUCUUCCGCCGCCUGCCCGCACAGCAGUAGCAGCUGCAGCAGCAGCAACGGUGGCAGAAGCUGCGAGGGCAGUAGCGGGUUAUGCGUGAGGGUGGUGGCACAGCUGGGAAGGGAAGGCAGGGCGGGACCGGGUGCGUUCAUGAGUGGUAGUGCCUGGUGGCAGCAUGCAUGCAGGAGAGGUUUCGGGUGGCAAAAGGGCUGCUAUGUGUUGCCGCGGCGACCGGCCGAAUGUGGACAAAGAAGUUGACGGCCACGCAUAGAAGGCUCUAGACUGGCGAUUGGUGUUGGGUGCAUUGUGUUGUGUGCGGACAUGGGCGGGCAUGAGGACAUGGGGGGCGCGGCGACGGAUCAGAGGACCCAUCACGCAACAUGGAUGACCGGAAGAGACAUGGCCACAUGGAAAGCUCGGGAACUCAAACCGUAGGCAGGCAGGCAGGGCGUGCAAAUGUGCAAUACGGUCAGCUACCAUGAAUCCAUGAUACACUUCGACU